AUAAUUUUUCUCAGAAACGUGUCACAUUCCAAGUGGCCUUUCCUAAAACCUCUCGUAACCACUAGGUUUCCCAUGCCUGACACUGCUUAAACCCUAGGCUUCAAUCAAAACCCUUGAAAACUGCAGGUGUUUUGUCCGACGAAUUGAAUCAUUGUAUUUCUGGCAUCGAAUAUUUUCCUUGGGUUAUUAUUGAUUGAUUUUUGCUCUUUAUAACUCUAUAAUUGGCAGAACAUAUUCCCAGAAAUCAACUCAUUUUUUGCCUAUUUAAGCCACCCGUAAACCAUCACAUUUCACGUUCGCACGCCGAGACACAAUGGCUUCGAUCCAGUUUCUCCUCAACAAUACGCUUCCUUCGGCAAGCGAUCUCCGCCAUUCGUUCAGUGGACUCAGUGGUUCGUCCAAUGGCGGCAGAGCCAUCGCCUGCGUUAAGGUGGGCGUGCAGGCACCUGGUUCGGGGGAUUCUGGGAAGAUGGGGUUUAGGGGGGCGAGCAAGGAGGUGAUGGAAGCGGAGGGCAGGGUUAUGGUGGGGACGUAUGCACGAGCUCCUGUGGUGAUCUCCCAUGGCGAGGGAUGUAAAUUGUACGAUGCUGAGGGGCGAGAGUAUUUGGACAUGACGGCCGGAAUUGCGGUGAAUGCACUGGGACAUGGCGAUCCAGACUGGCUGAAAGCUGUUGUGGAGCAAGCCAACACUCUCACUCAUGUCAGCAACAUGUUCUACUCCAUUCCUCAGGUUGAGCUUGCAGAACGUCUUGUGUCUUGUUCUUUUGCUGAUCGGGUCUUCUUCUCAAACUCUGGAACAGAAGCAAAUGAAGCUGCUAUCAAAUUUGCAAGAAAAUUCCAAAGAUUUUUGCAUCCUGAUCAGAAGCAGCUUGCAACAGAGUUUAUUUCUUUUUCUAAUAGCUUCCAUGGGAGGACCAUGGGUUCACUUGCUUUGACAAGCAAAGAGAAUUACAGAUCACCUUUUGAACCGGUCAUGCCUGGAGUUACUUUUUUGGAGUAUGGCAAUAUACACGCUGCUAGGGAAUUGAUUCAGAGUGGCAAAGUUGCUGCAGUAUUUGUGGAACCUAUCCAGGGUGAAGGUGGAAUAUACAGUGCAACGAAGGAGUUCUUGCAAUCCUUGCGUAGUGCUUGUGAUGAUGCUGGGUCUUUGCUGGUUUUUGAUGAGGUUCAAUGUGGCCUAGGACGAACUGGUUAUCUCUGGGCUCAUGAAUCCUAUGGUAUAUUCCCAGAUAUAAUGACACUUGCCAAGCCUCUUGCUGGAGGUUUACCCAUUGGAGCUGUACUUGUGACUGAAAGAGUAGCCUCUGCAAUAAAGUAUGGGGAUCAUGGAAGCACUUUCGCCGGAGGGCCCCUUGUUUGUAAGGUUGCAGUUGCUGUUCUGGAUAAAAUCUCAAAGCCGACAUUCUUGGACAGUGUUUCAAAGAAAGGUCAGUACUUCAAAGAACUGUUAGUGCAGAAGCUGGGAGGAAAUCCACAUGUAAGGGAGGUACGAGGUCUGGGGCUUAUUGUUGGGAUAGAGCUGGAUGUACCUGCCUCACCACUUGUAGAUGCAUGCCGAAACUCUGGGCUUUUGAUUCUAACUGCCGGAAAAGGAAAUGUUAUUAGGAUAGUGCCGCCAUUGAUCAUCUCAGAGGAGGAACUGGAACUUGCUGCUGAGAUCCUCCUCAAGUGUUUGCCUGUACUUGAUAAGACUAAGUCAAAGUAGGAGACAGUCAAUUUCUGUAUUAACUUCCAUUGUCCGUGGGAUUUUGUGAUACAAAAUUUAUAGCUGUGUAGACUACAUCUCACAUAAAUGGAAGCCUAUGCUUCUUGAAUUAUCAAGGCGGCUUUCAUUACA